CGCGAUCUUGUGGCUACAGUUUUUAUUUUCAACUGUGCAAUUCAAAAGUUGGACAUCGCGUCCAGAAUGAAACGACAAGUCCCAAUGCUCAUUGCUUGGUUUACGGAAGUAUUUGUAAAGCUGCUCAUUUCAACGGUUGCCAUCUGAGGUGAAACUAGGCAUAGCUACAUAUACAUCUAUGUGGUCUCUUUUGUUAUGUACACGAUAGCAACGUUUUUGGUGUGAUAUUUUUUUAAAUGUGAAGCUAGCUAGCUACAUCAAGAACACACACACAUACGUCCACAAGUUAUCCAUGAAGCCACUGUUGGAUUCUGAUGAGGAGGAAGAAGAGUUGGGAGCAUAUCAAAAGAAACUCAGAGAGAGAGCAAACCGCAGCAUCCAGCAGCUCAGCAGUGCAUUGGAAGAGCCCAGCUCAGAUGCAGAGGGCAUGGAACCAGGCAGGGCUGGAGACACAGACAGCACGACUGGAGAGGACUCGUGGAACCAAAGGCAACAGAGUGAAGCUGUCAAUCAGCUGCGAUCACUCCUGCAAAAGCAGCAAAAAGAGACACUUUCACUCACUUCUCCUUCAAAGAGAAAAUCUUCUCCAAAGAGGUGUCAAGAUGAUGUGAGCUCUAGCAUGCCUGCCGUUAAAGACCUGGUGCCCAUUCUCCACAACCAGUCAGAGUACAUCCAGCAUCUGGAGGCUGAGGUCAAGUUCUGCAAGGAGGAGCUUCUGGGGAUGAAACAGAGGAUAAGGGUGGUGGUGGUAGAGAAUGAGAAACUACAUGGAGAGAUCAAGUCCAAACUGGUGGAAGACACCCUGAAAGACUACACUCUCUUAGAUGGCACGGUGAAUUCCGAGCCGCCCAGAGAAGACAAUCCUCAAAGAACAGCUUUCAUACCAGCUCAUAUUGUCUUUCAACAAGCAGAGGAACACAAGUGGAAGAAAGAACUGGAGCAGCUCAAAUCCCUCUAUCUAGCCCAGACAGAGACACUGGAAUCUCAAGUAAGGUCACUGAACAAGAACCUGGCCAGCAGUCAGAAGGAGUGUGAAGAAGUCAAAGGUCGUCUGAGACAUAAGGAAGCAAUGGCAGCGGCGGGCAGUGCCAAGCAGAGCGUAGGCGGCCUCUGUCUGAAGUGUGCCCAGAAUGAGGCCGUGCUGGCAGAGACACACUCCAACAUGCACAUCCAGGCCAUUGAGAGACUCACCAAAGAGCGUGAUGAGCUGAUGAGUGUGCUGUGCUCUUUGAGGGCCAGUCAGAGCGAGGCCCAGCAGAGAGAGUGGGCAGCCUACCAACAGGUCAAACAGGCUGUAGAGAUGGCUGAGGAGGCCAACCUGGAGAAGACCAGGGCGGUGGUGCAGUGCGAGGCAUUUGCCAGGGAGCUGGCCAGACAGAGAGAGAGGCUGGAGACUGAGAUGGCUGCAGAGCAGGAGAAAAUCUCUGAGGCCAGAGAGGUGGUACGCAACGAGGCCCUCAAGCAGAAGGAGACACUGGCCCAAACGGUGGCCAGCCUAUCCCAGAGGGUAGCAGAGCUGGAGGGUCAACUGGCCAGGGAGGAAAGAGAGAGGGGCUCCCUGAGCACCCAGCUGGAUGAGACCCUACGCAAACUCGCAUCACAGGAGCAGGACACCAGCAAGGUGUGUGGGGAGCUGCGUUACCGCCUCAGCCAGGCUCAGCUGAAGAGAGAGGAGGCAGAGAGGGAGCUCCGAGACUGCAGCUCCAAGACAACACGGCAGCUCCAGAUGACUGAACAGGAAGUGGAGAAGCUGGGUGUGGAGCUGAGCGUCUGCCGGCAGCGUUUGGACCAGGCCCAGAGGGACGCGGGCCGACUGCAGGCGGAGGCUCUGAGCCUGACGGAGCGGCUGGGCCGAGCUGAGCACCAACUGCACCUCACCAGGCAGGAGAAGGAGAGUGUGGAGCGCUGCCGGGGCGAGGACAUGGAUGCUCUGACCUUCUCUGCACAGCAGCGCGAGCAGGAGCUGACACAGAGGCUCCAGCAAAUGGAGGCGCAGCACGAGCGGAGCGUGGGUGAGCUGGAGGCCCUCCUCAGCUCCCAGAAUGCCCUGAUAGGGAAACUGAAGGAUGAAUGUCUCAGUCUGGGGACCAAGCUGGAGACGCUGACAGAGACUAGCAGGCGUGAGGUGGAGCAGCUUUCCCUGGAGAAAGAUCAUCUGGAAGAGAGUGUUGGGAAGCUGAGAGCUCGCUGUACAGAGAUGGAGGAGCAGUGUGUACAACAUGGGAGGAUGCACCAGCGCAUGAAGAACAGACUGCAGCAGUUGGACCAGCACAGUCAGUCCAGUGCCCAGCAGGUGAUGGAGCUGCUUGCCAAACAGAACCUGUUGAUGCAGGAGCGCCACCUUCUCACUGGAGAGAUGCAGAACCUACGCAUACAGUUACCUGCUGGUUCUAGGAGACCUGACACCUUGUCCACAUGACAUCCUCUUCAUCUUGACUGAAGCACAGUGACAGUAAAAAUCUGUCGUUCUGCCCCUGAGAAAGGCAGUUUUAACCCACUGUUCCCCGGGCGCCGUGGAUGUUAAGGCAGCCCCCUGCACCUCUAAAUGCGUAAGACACAUUUCAGUUCAAUGCAUUCAGUUGUCCAACUGACUAGGUAUCCUCCUUUCCUUAUAAUGGUGGUUUCCUACUAUAGAAAUAGGGUAUAUGACCAAUUCAGUUAUUAUUGUAUAAAAAUGAAUGUGUGAGCGAAGACGCAUGCCUCCCUCGGGUUGGUUUUGGGCCACAUCCUGUGUAUUAUUUAUACAUGCAGAAAGUAUUCAGACCCCUUGACUUUUCACAUUACAGCCCUGCUCUAAAAUUGAUUAAAUUGUUAUUUUUCCUCAAAUCUACACACAAUACCACAUAAUGACAAAGCAAAAACGGGUACAAAAAUAAAUAAAUAUCUAUCUCUAUAUAUCUAUAUCAACUCAGCAAAAAAAGAAAUCCUCUCACUGUCAACUGCGUUUACAACAAGAUUCAACAACUGAGACAAACUGAACAAGUUCCACAGACAUGUGACUAACAGAAAUGUAAUAAUGUGUCCCUGAACAAAGGGGGGGUCAAAAUAAAAAGUAACAGUCACCAGCUGCAUUAAGUACUGCAGUGCAUCUCCUCCUCAUGGACUGCACCAGAUUUGCCAGUUCUUGCUGUGAGAUGUUACCCCACUCUUCCACCGAGGCACCUGCAAGUUCCCGGACAUUUCUGGGGGGAAUGGCCAUAGCCCUCACCCUCCGAUCCAACAG